GAAAUGGAAUAUUCCAGUCCCAAAGUCAUGGGUUACAGGGCAGGUUUGCCACACCAUUUACCAAGAAACUCCCAACCCAGUGAACACGACCACUAAAGAAAGACUCAGGGUACCAACAGGACACAUCAGUAAGCGUGAAGAUGGCCCUAGGACGGACUUGUGUCACUUUGGUGUUACUUUUGGUCGUGACAACAUCAAAGGCGAUGCCACGGAAGGACGGCCUGUGUGUGCUCCCGUAUGUCCUCAGAGGGGUUACACCGACCGACUACCAAGAGGACGAAACGGGAGAAAACAUAUGUUCUACUCCGAAAUACCGUCUGUUUGGCGAUCUCUGUGUCAGGUUACAUCUAUUUGGAAGCUAUUCAAAACUUGUUGAAAUGGAUUUUACAACAGCAACGAAGUAUUGCGAGAUACAGAACGCAAGUCUCGCAACCAUGAUAGAUCUUUCCAACCCGAAUGUCAUGAAGGCGGCAGAGGAGUUCAUUAAAGAGGAAGGGGCGAUUCGUGAAUUGUUGAUGGCGGAUCACGAUAGCUGUGUGUUUCUGAACCCUGACGCACCCUGGGGACUGCAGUUCACUGCAUGUCCCUGUAACGAGAAACGCAACAAGAUGAUCUUCUGCAAGCUUCCGUGUGGCCAUGCGCACGAGGCUACAGGCCACAACGACACUCACUAGCGGCGGAAAGCGAUUCUGCAGUUAAUGGUCAAGGGCUGGGAAUGAAAUUGAAGUUUCGCAGUGCCUACAGAAAGGAAUGAAAAUUAAAAGCAUAUUAGAGGGAAAAAGAUUUAAGUAGAUGUAGAGCUUAGCGACAGUGCCCAGAUCUACAGGGCGGAGAUACAUUUGUGCUGUAAAAGGAAAGAUUAGACCUGUUUUGGACGUUUUGCUAGACUUUCAUGCCUAACCAUGGAUAGGCCAGGGUACUCAAGGAAAUAUUAAAGCCCACAAGAAUAGAAAGCCCGACAAGAUACCGAAAAAUGAUUUCAAAGACGUCUAAGACAGGCCUAUCCUCUGCUUGGAGAGUACACAUUUAAGCGACGCAGGUGAUACUGGAUUAUUGUAGUAGUGUGUGUAACGGUGGCCAACUGUGAUCGUACUUCGACGAACGUAAGGAAGUAGAGAUCAAGUUAGUAGAGAUAAAAUCUAAGAUGAUGCCACUGUCUAGCCGCCUUGAAUGUGCAGGCUUGGAUUCGGAAGCUAUGUGAAAAUAUAGCGUGGACCAAUAAAAAACGAAAAUAAGAA